AUGCUAGCUACCAUGCGGUUGCGUUCGCUGCUCCUUCUGAACGUGUUACUUCUGCUGCCUCUGGCUAACAGCGGGAACGGAGCGAUUCAAAGGAACGCCGAAGAAGUGAAGAAUCAGGUUUGUCCGAAAUGCUACAGAAUGGAGGAUGGCAUGAUUCAAGAGUUUUACGUGGUCAGACAAGUUAAUAAAAACGACAUUCUUGUUAGAAGUAGGUGUUGCUUUACCUUAAUUUUUUUUAUCAAAUCCUUAUCUUCAGCUACGAGGGACUUUUUCUGUUUAUAUUUGUUACAAACUGGCAUAAUUUACCAUUUUUUAAAUAUAAAAUCAAUUUUUAAUUUUUUUAAACCUAAAAUUCAUUUUUAAGCCUAAGUCUAACAUUUUUAAAUGUAAUUUUGCUGCAGCUUAUGAAGAAUGCUAUUUCAGCCCACAUCAAUGGUGAGAGGUCUCCUGAUACGGAGCUGUACACAAAGGGUGACUACUAUGAUCUGCGGUAUAUUCCAGUCUUCAAAAACGGCGAUUUUGAACGGAUUAUGGUGGAAAUUAACGACUUUGGCCACUUCAAGCGUAUUCAAGUGUAAUAUCAUGAUUUUUUCAAUUUCUUCUUUAUUGACUUUAGGCCUAAAACUAAAUUUUAAGCUCAAAAUUACUUUUAAAAGAAAAAAUUAAUUUUUAGGUAUCAAAGUUAAAUUUUUAUACCUAAAAUGAAGUUUUAAUCCUAUAAUCAAGUUUUAAAUCUAAAUUUUAUAUUUAGGUCUAAGCAAUAACAUCCAUUUUUUUACCCUACCAUCCCACACAUCCUAACACGAUUCUUUUCAGAAAGCAGAGUGAUGGUAGCUAUCAGUACGAUGACGUUGGACAUUCAUCAAAAGUGCAGAGACAGGAAAAACAGUUUUGCCACGUGUUUCAGAGAUUCACGAUCCAUCACCAGACAGCCUUUUCCUACGUCAACUACUUCUUCAACAGUAAGAGUGAAGCCUUCAACUUGUUCAAGGUGUGCAACGACAACUUUGGUCCGGAAGAUCCGCAAGAGGUUCUGAACAAUUUGCCGGCUGAACUGGUCAAUGGAAGGAACAGAGAGUUCAUCAAAGAGUGCUUUGUAAGUGGCGUUAGGGUUUUGGUUUGUCCCACAUUGUUCUAGACAUGAGGAACGGGCCGGGCCUGGGCAAUUCAAAACUUUUUCUAUAGUAAGGUCAUAUAUAUGUAAUUUUAUGCUAAAUACUUUUUCUUUUUGAAUACUAGGCCAGUAUUGAUAAAAUCAGGAUUAAAAAAGCGUGUUUUGAAUUUUUUGCCAAAUUGGCAUUGUGUUUCAAGCUUAUAACUUUGUCAUUUUUGAAUUUUAAUGAUUUUUUUGAUUUACUAGUAGAAAACCUUUAAACGGACCUAUUUUUUCAAGUUUGUAAGCCUUGUCUGGAAAGUCACAAAAAGUGCUUGAAACAAAAUGCCAAGUUUUCUAUUUUGGCGGGAAACUUCAAAUAUUUAAAUUUAAAACUCGAAAGCGCGAAUUAAAAUCUUUUUUGUGUAAUACUAGUGGUACAAAGAAUUCGAAUAAAAAAUUUGAGCUAAUUCUGAGGGUUACAGAUGGGGUACUUUCAUUGUGAAUUGGGCAGGUUGGGUACCUUCCUUAUCAGCAAACAUUGUGAUUUAUAUAUACGUAUAAUAAAUAUGCCAUUUUAGGAAUACACAGACAAAACGUGUGUAUACAACGUUGACAACCCAUCCUACUUGAGCGUAUUCAAAGGCAAAAGAGAACGUAUCGCAUACAUGCGCAACGACCUGAUCGUGUACAUUGGCUGUGGCAAGGAGAAGGACAGAUGCAUUUACAUAAUUCACGAUACUGUAACUGGGUAUGUCGUUUUUUUAUUGGCUGGUUCUUUUUUUAUUGAUUUAUUUUUAUUUUGAAUGGCUGUUUUAAAAUAUUUUUUAAAAAGAAAGUGGUCGAUAUAUUGGGUUCGGUCGAUAUUUUUUUGAUAUUUGUUGAAAGCCUAGUCUGGAGUUUUAAAAAUUUUGAUUUUUUUACAUUUUAAAAGACGAUUCGCGAGAGUUUGAAUCGGCGGUUGCCUUAGAAAUUUUACCCUAUGAUUUUUUUGAACAAAAUACAUCUUUAGGUGUUCAAAAACACUUUCCUAAAUUUUUUUGAAAAAUACGUCAUAAUGACGGAUUUACUAUGUUGCCUUUGCCGGGCCAUAUCUCAUUUUAAAUUUAUGCAAUUGUUUUGAAAUUUUGUGUGCAAAAUUAGUUUUUUAUGCUCUACAUUUUAUCUUUUAUGUCAAACUUAUAAAAGUGGUCCUAAUACUCCAAACUGGUAUAUGCGUACAUAAAAUGCAUCGUUUCUCAAGAAAAUUACAUUAUCGUGAUGAAAUUUUUUUUCAUAUUCGGAAUCAGCGUAAAAUUCUGCUCUAGACGGCACUAUUCCCAAUUCUGGAUCGCGCGGUAAAAUUUCCAUGGUCUAACUGGUAGCGCGUUAUACACCCGACCGAAACCACACGGGUUCGAGUCCGGUCGGAGGACAAGGCCCAAAAAUGGCGGGAAACGAUAAAAUAAAAACCAAAAGAUAAAAUAAACGUAAAAUUAAGGUAAAACUAAACUUUUAACACCAAAAUAAAAGUGUUUUAUUAAUAUUUUUAUAUUUUUACUGUUAUAAUGUCUGAUAAGACGUUUUAUCAAAAUUGGAUAAGUUGAAAGAUGUGGUCCAUGGCUAGACGGCUGUCUUGAUAAUUGGGAUUGCUAUUCCAUUUAUUCGUGAAUGAAUAAUAAGAUUAAAAACUAACCAAAGCUUGGUUUUUUAGAAUUUAAUUUUCCGGCAUAGUGUAAACAUUAAAUUUGGUUAUUUUUAUUUGUCAAAAAUGUUAUUAUAACGAAAAUUAAGUUUAUUUAACUAGCUUAUAUUUGUAAAUAAAUUUCUAGCAGACCCGAAUAUCCCUUACCAAACAUACAUUAUGACGUAUUUUUCAAAAAAAAAUUAGGAAAGUGUUUUUGAACACCUAAAGAUGUAUUUUAUUCAAAAAAAUCAUAGGGUAAAAUUUCUAAGGCACACCCCUUAUUUCAGCGGACGCAAGUUCUCGCAAAUCGUCUUAAAAGCUUUAAAACUAACGUUUUCGUUAGUCUAUAAAAAUCAUAACUUCAUUUUUCAGUCUGGACUGGUGGAUCCCAGAUGAGAUUGAAGUACACCCCCAAAAGCUGAAUGGUGAAAUGCGCUCGAUCGUGCCACUUUUGAGACUCGACGAUCCGUUCCUCACUAGUGAAUUACGCUACAAGUACGCCCCGUCCAGCACAACCAUCAAAACCAAGCCCAUAAUCACUACUACCACCACCGUGAAGCCCAUCACUCGGCCAGGUCAAAAAACCCCGGAUGAAGGAGAUGGUGAUGAGAAAGCUGUUUCAGAAGGACAGGAUGCUGGGGAAGGGGAAGAAGGUGCUGAGGGUGGAGACGAGGAUUUGGAAUUCAAAAAGGAAGAAAGCUCUUCAAGUCAGUAUGAAGUGAUCACGUGGAUUGUCGCCUUGAUGCUGUUCAUGUGCUGGUACUGA